AUGGCUGAGGGGAGCGAGCUGAUGAACAGGCUCAUGAGCGAGAAUGCAGACCUCAAGAAGCAGGUGCGCCUCAUGAAGGAGAACCAGAUGCUGAAGAGGCUGCUCAGUGAGAGUUGUCAGGAUGGCUAUAGCCGCGCAAGCCGCGACCUGCUCUUCCCCAAGGCAUCGGCCUACCCUGAGGUCUGCUCACCUGUGAAUGGAGUUUCAGAUUUCGGAAGGUUCACCAAUGUCCAUGACACACCCUCACAGCUGCAGACGUCCUCCCUGGAAGACUUGCUGUGCUCACACGCCCCCCUCUCCAGCGAGGAUGACACCUCCCCAGGCUGCGCAACCCCUUCCCAGGUACCCUUCAAGGCCUUCCUCAGCUCCCCAGAGCUGCGCACCCCCCGAGGUGCCGACAGGAAAUUGUCCCCACUCCCGAGCCCCUUGCAGGACUCACUGGUGGACAAGAGCCUGCUGGAGCCUAGGGAGACGGUCCGGCCUAAGAAGGUGUGCUUCUCAGAGAGCAGCCUACCCACUGGGGACAGGACCAGGAGGAGCUACUACCUUAACGAGAUCCAGAGCUUCGCGGGCGCUGAGAAGGACGCGCGCGUGGUGGGCGAGAUCGCAUUCCAGCUGGAUCGCCGCAUCCUGGCUUACGUCUUCCCGGGUGUGACGCGGCUCUAUGGCUUCACCGUGUCCAACAUCCCCGAGAAGAUCAAGCAGACGUCCAUCAAGUCCCUGGACGGCUCAGUGGACGAGCAGAAGCUGCGAGCGCUGACUCACCGCUACCUGACGCUGUCCGCGCGCCUGGAGAAGCUGGGCUACAACCGCGACGUGCAUCCAGUGUUCAGCGAGUUUCUUAUCAACACCUACGGCAUCCUCAAGCAGCGGCCCGACCUGCGAGCCAACCCGCUGCACAGCAGUCCCGCCGCGCUGCGCAAGCUGGUCAUCGACGUGGUGCCGCCCAAGUUCCUGGGCGACUCGCUGCUGCUGCUCAACUGCCUGUGCGAGCUCUCCAAAGAGGACAGCAAGCCGCUCUUCGCCUGGUGAGCCGCCUGCGCCGCCUUUCCUGAAUAAACGUGUUUGUACCAAACCUGGGGGCGCGCUGCCUCCUGCGUCCGCCCGGAGGGGCAGGGCCGCUGCGCACCGGGACCGGCGCCUCCCCCUGCGCCGCCUCAACCCGCCGCCCACGCCGCGGAGCACUUGUUGCACUUUAUUAAAGUCGUCUGUU